AUGACUCACAGCGAAUUAAAUCUCGAUACUUCAAUCAUCUCUGACGAAUACAAGAGUGAUGAUUUUAACUUAAUGGAUCAACAGGCGGAUGAUACGCCUGAUAAAAGCUUCAAGGAUUAUAUUUUAAUCUCAUUCUUCUGUUUAUUGGUUGCCUUCGGUGGUUUCGUCUUUGGUUUCGAUACUGGUACCAUCGGUGGUUUCUUAAACAUGACUGAUUUCCAAGAAAGAUUUGGUGAAAUCAAUUUAGAAGGAGAAUACUAUAUCUCAACUAUUAGAACUGGUUUAAUUGUCUCUGUCUUCAAUGUUGGUUGUGCUGUUGGAGGUAUCUUCUUGUCUAAGAUUGCGGAUUUAUAUGGUAGAAGAAUUGGUAUUAUGGUUUCCAUGGUUAUUUACAUUGCUGGUAUUGUGGUUCAAAUAUCUUCUCUGAACAAAUGGUACCAAUUCAUGGUUGGUCGUAUCAUUAGUGGUUUAGCUGUUGGUAUAGUUGCGGUGUUAUCUCCAAUGUUCAUUUCUGAAACUGCUCCAAAGACUUUAAGAGGUCCAUUAGUCUGUUGUUUCCAAUUAUGUAUUACCUUGGGGAUCUUUUUAGGUUAUUGCAUUUGUUAUGGAACAAAAGAUUUAUCUGACUCAAGACAAUGGAGAAUUCCAUUAGGUUUAUGUUUCUUAUGGGCUCUCUUCUUAAUCACUGGUAUGGUCUUCAUGCCUGAAUCUCCACGAUAUUUAGUUGAAAAACAAAAGAUUGAAGAAGCAAAGAAAUCGAUUGCUAGAUCCAAUAAAGUAAGCACUGAAGAUCCAUUUGUAUACAAGGAAGUUAGCUUAAUUCAAGCUGGUAUUGAAAGAGAAACUCUUGCUGGUUCCGCCUCAUGGACUGAAUUGAUCACUGGUAAGCCAGCCAUCUUCAGAAGAGUGAUUAUGGGGGUGACUUUGCAAUCAUUGCAACAACUUAGUGGUAUCAAUUACUUCUUCUACUACGGUACUACUAUUUUUCAAGCAGUCGGCUUAGAGGAUUCUUUCCAAACCUCCAUCAUUUUAGGUACUGUCAAUUUUAUAUCCACCUUCCCAGGUAUUUGGGCAGUUGAAAAAUUAGGUCGGAGAAUAACAUUGUUAAUUGGUUCAAUCGGUAUGGGUUCUUGUUUAUUGGUUUAUUCGAGUCUAGGCGCCUUGAAACUUUACACUAGUGAAGGGCCUGAUAAGACUACUGGAAAUGUAAUGAUAUUUUUUACAUGUGUUUACAUCUUCUUUUUCGCUUCUACCUGGGCUGGGUGUUGCUAUACAGUUGUUUCUGAAACAUAUCCACUUAGAAUUAGAACUAAGGCAAUGUCUACAGCAGCUGGUGCAAAUUGGAUGCUUGGUUUCUUAAUUUCUUUCUUUACUCCCAUGAUUACAAAGGCCAUCAACUUCUAUUUCGGGUAUGUCUUUGCUGGGUCUAUGGUUGUUUCAUGUUUCUUUAUUUAUUUCUUUGUAUGUGAAACUAAGGGUUUAACUUUAGAAGAAGUUGAUAAAUUGUAUGCAGAAAAUGUUCUUCCAUGGAAAUCUUCUUCUUGGUCACCUUCUGACUCUGAAAACGAAGCAUAUGAUGCCUGA